AUGGCAGCCAAUGGAACUGGAAAGGCCCCUCUUCGCAUCGUGGUAGGCAGCGAUGAUGCUGGCCACACAUACAAGCAGGCCCUGAAGGAGGUCCUCUCAAAACACGCUGGAGUGGCAAAGGUCCUGGACGUCGGCGUGCUUGAGGCGGAUGACAAGACAGCCUACCCUCACCUGGCUGUGGAUGCGGCGAAGAAGAUCAAGUCUGGCGAGGCUGACCGCGCGCUUCUCAUCUGCGGAACCGGACUCGGUGUUGCCAUUGCAGCCAACAAGGUCGCCGGUAUCCGCGCUGUCACUGCGCACGACCCCUUCUCCAUCGAACGUGCCGUCCUUAGCAACAAUGCCCAAGUGCUGUGCUUCGGGCAGCGGGUGAUUGGUAUCGAACUGGCGAAAAAGCUGGUGCAGGAAUGGAUUGAUCUGCGAUUCGAUGAGAACAGCAGCAGUGCUUCGAAGGUCAAGAAUAUCAGCGAGUACGAGGAAAAAUUUGGCGAGCUAUAG